CCUCUCCCCACAGUUCAGCCCGAGGUGAGCAUCUUCCUGUCGGGGGACGGGAGCCGCGUGUGGUGUUUCACCACGGGCUUCUACCCGCGCUCCAUCGAGGUGAACCUGGUGCGGGACGGCCUGGUCCUGGGUGAGAGCCGCUCCCACGGGACGCUGCCCAACCACAACGGCACCUUCCAGCAGAGCCGCUGGGCCCACGUGGAGCCCGGGGACACGGCCCCGCUCUCCUGUCGUGUGGAGCACCCGGGGCUGUCCGAGCCCCUCGAGGUCUUCCUGGUCCGCAAGUCCAGCAUCAAGAUGCCGCUCAUUGCAGUGCUCGUUGUCCUGGCGGUGCUGGCGGUGGCCAUGGGCGGAGUCCUCUACUGGAAGAAGAGACAAGCGGGGACCACCGGCUACAAUCCCACCCUGUCCUGGGUGCGAGGGGAACAUUCAUCAAACUCCUCUGAUACAGCCUGAGGGCCGCCGGUACAGAAGCGUCAGUGGAGAACGGGCUAAUUUUCCGGGGGUUCUGGUUUAGGACGGAUGGGGAAGCGCCACCUGUAAUCGUGG